UCUCGUUCAGAAGAAGCUUCAAUGGCGCCAAAAACUCUCUGAGGAUCGCAUGGAAUGUUUUCAGGGACGAUCGUCUUCUUAGACAAAAACGGCUUACAGGUCCGCAUAUUGCAGGCUUAUCUUUCUCUGCAGCUUUGUAUUUCAAUGAAUUAGGGCAAUUUCUACACUAUUUCAGAAGGUUCUCCUCGUACCAGUGGCUGGGAAGACGGCUUAAGUUCAGGGGAGAAGGCGUCAGAGGAUUUGAACACUGUAAAAUCAGGUUAGAUGAAGAUGGAAGAGACUAAGCCCCGACUGUGUAUUUCCUAGAAACUGAAAUUGUCUCCUUAACAAUUCGGAAGCAGUAAGUUCUGAAAGGGUUGGAGAUUCAAAUGCUUCAAACUUACAAAGACUGCUACAGGUCUUGGGGACUUCAAAUUAAUAGCAAUUGACGUAAUUUCUGAGGUGGCACCCACGUAGACUGGUGGGUGUAUCCCAAAAUUUGUGGGGUGCGAAGAGAAGAUGCGUUGAUAAACCCUUGCUCGCGCUUCUGCUAAACCCGGUGAGAAGAUAAAGAUGGCAUGGACUACUGUUCCAGCUUUCCAUCUCCUCCCUCCUCUCUUUGCGCUUCAUAAACCUACCGCUCCGCCGUGCUUCUUCUCCAAUCCUUCAAGUGCUCUGCAACACACACGCCUCUCGCCCACUCUCAGGCUUCCAUUUCAACCCUCCUCCUCCUUCGGAAACCAGAUUUGCAGGGCCGCCGAAUACAAAUUUCCCGACCCAAUUCCUGAAUUCGCCAUCGCUGAGACCGAGAAGUUCAGGGCUCAUUUGCUUACCAAACUUUCUAAGAAAGAUAUUUACGGGGAUUCGGUUCAAGAGGUCGUCGGAGUAUGCACUGAGAUAUUCAACACCUUUAUGCAUACCGAGUAUGGCGGCCCUGGGACCUUGUUGGUUCUACCUUUCAUUGACAUGUCUGAUACAAUCAACGAACGAGGAUUACCUGGAGGACCUCAAGCUGCCCGUGCUGCAGUCAAAUGGGCUCAAGAGCAUGUUGAUAAAGACUGGAACCUGUGGACUGGUGACGAUGGCACCUAACAAAAGUCCCCCUCAAGAAUAUAUUUUGUUGCUUUCUUCUGAAUCUUUAUCAAAGGGAUUGUUCAUAUAUGAGCUGAAUUUGUUUUUGUAUGAACUAUCAGAGAUCUCUAGAAUGACGAGGAUAGAACUUAGAUAAAGCAAACAGAAUCCAUUAGCUGUCAUGCUGAACAAAAUUUGCAUCAGUGUAUUUCUAUAUGGCUUGAGCAAUCUUAGAGAUAUAAAACAUUUGAUGUCUUUAUGAACAAUCUAAAUUGUUUUAGCUGUACGGUAA